UUCCAUAUUUGCAUUGUUUUGCUGAAGUUAUUCUUAGUAAUAAGCUUUCCUUGUCUAUCUCACCUUUAAAAUAAAAGGUUUCCUUAAUUAUCUUUCAUGGCUAGCAUCAAUGCAUUGACAUCUUAUGCUUCAACUACUCUGGUGUCAAACAAGGUCUUAUGCAGCCCAUUUCCACUUGGGUUGGGCCCACAUUCUGUGAUGUCCCCAACCAAAACUCCUUCAAGGCCUUCUUUGGUGGUGAAAGCCCAACAAGGAGGAGGCCCAAUGAACAUUGAUCCAAUGUUUGCCGGAAACUUCCAUAAAAAAGUUGCUCUCGUUGACACCUCUCCUUAUGUGCGCACUCCAUGGAACACAAGUGAAGACGAAAGUGAAAUACGAAUGUGGUUUGACAUGCCUGGACUUGGAGUUGACAAUGUUGAAGUGGAUGUUAUAGAUGACUUGCUUAUUAUUAGGGGAGAUGGUGGUAUUGAUGCCUUUGGAAGCAAGAUCAUGAGUCCUCGUGAAACAACAAUUCAUCUGCCUUUUAACUCUUGGAAAGAGGAAAUUAUAGCUGUGUUUAAGAAUGGUGUUCUCUACGUAACAGUGCCUAAAAUUAUCAAAUUUGAGCACAAAGUUAUCCAUAUUCCAGUUAGAAACAUAAUUUAGUAAAUUCUACGCAUUGCAAUUGUACUAAGAAGACUGAGUAUUUCUCUUAAAUGUGCUGUAUGAUUAAAGAGCUUUUACUUGAAUUACUACGUAAAUAAGAAGCUUGACCUAUUUUUAUA